AUGUCUCGAUACGUGAAAGUAUACAGAAAGGUGAUGAACCUGCAGCGGCGCAAGACGCCGAUGCCGUGGACGCCGACGUUCCUCGAAUUCUCGCGAGAGCCUUCAGUCCCCUUUCCUCUCAGGGAAAAGCUUCAGCCGGCACCAAUCGAUCUGUCGUACUACCUCAACAUGGAGGUCGGAGACCUCGUCGAGGUACUUCACGGCCCGGACUGCGGUCGCCAGGGCGUCGUUUUGUCCAUCAACAAAAAGCGGAAUACGGUCAUUGUCGACGGGUGCAACAUGAAAAAGAGCUUCUGGAAUCCCCGCGUCGGCUCCUCGCUCGUCACGCAAGAGAUGCCCAUACACAUCACCAACGUCGCCCUUCUUGACCCUGUUGUCAAACGGCCGACGCGAGUCAAGAGACGCUUCAUGAUGAACGGCGAGUGUGUACGAAUCUCAAAACUUUCGGAAAUGUGCCUCAUGCCAGCCAAACGCUCCGGCGUGUGGUCUUUGUCGGAGGGAAGGCAGGCGCAAACGCCCAAUUUGUAUCAAGAGUACUUGCGCCAGAAGGCUCUUGGUCCCCCAAUUAAAGCUAGCUACGCAAGGCCCGAUCCCCUCAACCUCAAAAUUCUACAGCGUCUGGCCCGGCACAUCGCGUGGGGUCAAGGCUCGCCACUACCAACGACCGACAAUCCGCGAGUGAGGAGUCCGGAGCCGAUGGCCUUGCGGCGUUGA